AUGCAAGUAUUGUUUCCGUGGAAAGAUGGUUUUGGUAAAAUAUAUGUAGUCCAACUGACUAAUCCAGUUCAACGUCUCAUUCAUCCACCUGUUUCAUCAUCUUCAUUUGAACAUUUUUAUUCUGGCUCAUCAAUAUCUCAACAUCUAUUAAGAGGAAACUCGUCCUUUAUUCUUUCAAAUUCUUCUACUUCACAUGCUCCAAUUAUGAAAAAUGCAAUAAGUAAUAAUUCUAUUCGUCUUCCACCUCCACGUUAUCAAUCACCACCAUCAAAUGUCGAACGUUCUCAUUCAACAUCUAGUCAACAAUCAAAAACUGUUAAUAAUUCAUCAGUAGUUUUUGAUCAUGAAUUUUCUCGUUUACUUUAUGGUAAAGAUACGGGAAAAACUCGACGUCAAAAACAAAAACGUAAAGCUUUUAGUGAUCCUGUUAAAAAAAGUAUUGAAGAAGCUAGUCGAUCUUUGGAAAAAACUCAUCGUCGAAUAACACCGAAUUUAAAUAAAACUCAUCAAGUUAAAGAAGAAGAAGAAGGAGAAAAUGAUGCUGAAAUCGAAACUAAAACUGAUCGAAAGGAUAUUCAUAAACAAGAACUCAAUUUUCCUUCACAACGACGUUCUCAACGAAAAUCCAAUCUGAGUGAAAACAAUCUCAUACCAGCAAAUUCAUUACUAAAACAACGAAUUCCAUCAUUUUUACGUGUCUAUUCUCAAGCAUCACCAUCAAAUGAUAUUCUUCUUCAAUGGCAUUUAUUUAAUUUAUCUGAGCUUGAAUCAUUUAAUACAAUGAUGAGUAGAUUAUAUAAAAAUGAAAAUUUAGCUCGAGUACAACUGUAUGAAAUAUAUCGAACAGCAUUACUGUCAAUGCUUGCAUCAAAAAAAUCUUUAAAUACUAAUAGUGAUAAUGAUGCUAAUACUACAAUAGUUUCAAAAACACCAAUGACUCUUAUUGAAAAAAUUUUAAAUGAAAAUUCUCAUGUUCAUAUUCAUGAUGAUAAACGUGCUUAUGUUGAAGAAACAAUUCAGUCAUUGAUAAAUGAUGGACGGAAAAUGUUACAUGUUGUCGCAGAUUUUGAUUUUACAUUAACAAUUUAUGAAAAAAAUGGAGUUAUUUUACCAUCAACAUUUGGUGUUAUUGAAUCCAAUGAUCGAGUUAAAUUGCCCGAUGGUUCAUUACUUUCUCAUAAAGCUGAAAAAUUACGAUUAAAAUAUCAUCCAAUUGAAAUGGACGUUCAUAUGGAUGUAUCAGAAAAAAUACCUUAUAUGAUUGAAUGGUGGCGUACAGCACAAAAUCUAUUUAUUGUAUCAAAUCUAAAUAAAUCUUCAAUGCGUGAACUUGUACAUGAAUCCACUAUGGAAUUAAAAAAAGGUGUUCAUGAAUUUAUUAUUGAAUUAUUACAUAGUGAAACUCCUAUUCUAAUAUUUUCAGCUGGUUUAGGUGAUGUCAUAGAACUUUUUCUUGAAAAGGAAAUUCCUGAUUUUAAACAUAAUCAUGAAUCAUCACAUAUUGUUUCAAAUUUUAUUAAUUAUGAUAAUGAUGGAAAACUCUUAGCAUUCAGUGAUAAAGUAAUACAUUCAUUUAAUAAAAAUGAACAUGAAAUAUCUGAUACAUCAUAUUAUCAAACAAUACUUACACGUCCAAAUGUUAUUCUUUUAGGUGAUUCACUUGGUGAUGUUGGAAUGAUUGGUGGAAUGAAAAAUUUAAAACAAAUACUUAAAAUUGGUUAUUUAAAUCAGAGUACACCAGAAAAAUUAGUAGUUUAUAAAAAUGUUUAUGAUAUUGUUGUAUGUGAUGAUCACACAUUCGACGUUCCUAAUGCUAUAUUAAAAGCUAUUCAGGAAUAA